AAGGAAAUGUCUCCAGUCACACAGCUUUACCCUACUCACACAGCAGGCUGCAGACACAGUUUAACCACGUGACCCCCCCCAUCGGGCGUCAGAGCAUCACCUUACAUCACGGAAGACACCGACACCGUCUCAGCACCGUCUGUUACAGGGUGGAGUCGCUCAACAGGCUCGCGCUCUCAUUCUGCAGACAUCUGUCUCUCCUCCAGAUGGUGAUGGUCCAGUUUGAAACAAACUAAGGUCUUACCUUCAAAAUGGACACUGCUAAAGAGACUGAAAAUGAUCCUGACGGGUCGCAGAUGCCUCCAUUGUCCUGUCUGUCCAUGAAAAGUGGUGCCUCCAUGGAGUAUCCUCUGUGCUUCAGAAAACACGCUGCUGCUGCUGCUGCUGCUGCUGCUGGCUCAGCAGAUUUUGAUCAAUCAGGCCUCCCUGCCUCGUCCUGUCUGUCCUUGAAAAGUGAUGCUUCGAUGGAGUAUCCUCUGCACUUCAAAAUGGACACUGCUGAUGGCUCAGUUAAUUUUGACAAAUCAGACUUCCCUGCGUCGUCCUGUUUGUCCGUGAAAAGUGAUGCCUCCAUGGAGUAUCCUCUGCACUUUAAAAAAGACGCCACUGAUGGGGACCGACAGGAUGGUUCAGGAUCAACAGAGAUGGAUGGAAACACCAUAUUUAAACUGGUGGAAGAACACAGUAAGAAGAUUUUGCUACGUGAGCUGAACAGAUAUAAAAAGAUUCUCUUCCCACAUCUGUCACAACCUUCAGAGUGUGACCGGCAGGACGAAGACAGUUUGACGACUGAAAACAAAAAGGAAGACAGCAGUGCCAGUGAAGGAGCUCUGAAGAUCGCUCUACAUGUCUUAAAGGAAAUGAACCAAAGAGAACUCGCUAACCAACUGGAGAAGCACAUUUAUGGCGAGCUCGAUGUCUGCCAGCGCAGACUCCGACACAGACUGAAGAAGUUUGAAUACAUUUAUGAGGGCGUGGCUCAACAAGGCACCCAGACACUUCUCAACAAGGUGUACACUGAGCUCUACAUCACAGAGGGAGUCAGUGGGAUUGUUAAUAAUGAACAUGAGGUCCAGCAGAUCGAGGCUGCGACCAGAAGACGAACAGCAGAAGACAAGCCAAUCAAAUGUGAAGACAUCUUUAAGCCGCUGCUCGGACAGGACAGAUUCAUCAGAACCGUUCUGACUCAAGGAAUCGCUGGCAUCGGAAAAACCAUCUCUGUGCAGAAAUAUAACCUGGAGUGGGCAGAGGGAAGAGUUAACCAGGAUAUCCAGCUCCUGGUUAAUCUUCCAUUUCGGGAGCUGAAUCUCAUGAAGGAGCACCACUUCACACUGACGCAGCUUCUUCAUCAUUUUCUCACAGAAGCAAGAGAAACAGGGAUUUCAGAUUUUGGCAAAUACAAGCUGGUGCUGAUAUUUGAUGGGUUGGACGAGUGUCGGCUUCCCCUGGACUUUGACCACAAUGAGCCCUGCCGCAGUGCCUCAGAGCCAACUUCACUGGAUUCACUACUGACGGAUCUGAUCCGGGGGAACCUGCUGCCAUCUGCACACAUCUGGAUUACCUCCAGACCUGCGGCUGCCAAGCGCAUCCCGGUCGAUCUCGUCGACCGUGUGACAGAGAUACGAGGGUUCAACGACCCCCAGAAGGACGAGUACUUCAGGAAGAAGAUCCCUGAUGAAAUCAUGGCUGAGAGAGUCAUCUCACAUGUCAAGUCAACCAGGAGCCUCCAUAUAAUGUGUCACAUUCCCGUCUUCAGCUGGAUAUCUGCCACUGUUCUGCAGAGGAUCUUAGAAGAAACAGAAAAGAGGAAAGACGAUGAUGCAGGAGGAGAAAUGCCAAAGACUCUGACACAAAUGUACACGUAUUUCCUGGUUUACAACUUCAUGAUCAGAACACAGAAGUAUUCAGCAGCACAUGAUGCCUCUGAAACACAGUCCCAGGUGAAAAUGAACGAAGAAAUGGUCUUGAAGCUUGGAAAACUGGCCUUCGAGCACCUGAUGAAAGGCAACAUGAUCUUCUAUGAGAGUGAACUGAGCGAAUACAACAUCAACGUCACUGAUGCUGCGACAUAUUCAGGAGUGUUCACAGAGAUCUCAGAGCAUGACUUCGGACUUCAUCUGGGGAGGGUCUACUGCUUCGUCCAUCUCAGCAUUCAGGAGUUUUUUGCUGCGAUAUACAUUUUUCACAGAUUCAUCUGCUUCAAUCAGAACGUGCUGGAACGAGGCGAAGCCACCACUGUCCAGGAGGCUCCCAGCAAUGUGUCCAACCUUCUGAAGAGUGCAGUGGAUCAGGCCCUGCAGAGUGAGAACGGACACCUGGAUCUCUUCCUGCGUUUCCUUCUCGGCCUCUCACAAACAUCCAAUCAGACUCUGUUGAAGAGAGUUCUGACCACGAUGAGGAGCAGUUCGCCAAGAAACAAGGAAACUGCCGAGUACAUCAAAGAGAAGAUCCAGCAAAAUCCCUCUCCAGAGAGAUGCAUCAAUCUCUUCCACUGCCUCAGUGAGUUGAACGAUCAGUCUCUUGUGGAGGAAAUCCAGAACUACCUGAGCUCUGGGAGUUUGUCAGAGACGCAGCUGUCACCAUCACAGUGGUCUGCUCUUGUCUUUGUGCUGCUGACCUCAAAGGAAGAGUUGGAUGAGUUUGAAUUGAGGAAAUACUCAAGAUCAGAGGAGGGUCUUCUGAAGAUGUUACCAGUGAUCAAAGAAUCCAGAGUGGCCUUGCUUAAAGAAUGUAACCUCACAGAGAAAUGCUGCAGAGAACUUGGAGCCGUUCUGAGCAGCUCGUGUCUGAUGGAGUUGGACCUGAGUGACAAUGAACUGAAAGACUGUGGAGUAGAGCUGCUGUCUGCUGGACUGGCAAGUUCAACAUGUCGGCUGGAAAAACUGAGGCUGCCGUUCUGUGGGAUCACAGAGAUUGGUUGUAGCUUUUUGGCUGCAGCUCUGAGGUCCAACCCCGCCUACCUGAAGGAACUGGACCUGAGUUAUAAUCAUCCAGGCCAACAGGGGACGGAGCUGCUGUCCAGUUUACAGGAGGACAUUGAACAGCUCACUGUCAACUUGAACGACAAUGCAGAGUGCUACUUGAAGUCAGCUCUGAAGAAAUAUGCACAUGAGCUGACUUUGGAUCAGAAUACUGCCAAUUCACACCUGUCUUUCUCUGAAGACAACAAAAAAGUGAACCUGGUGGAAACAGCUCAGCCUUAUCCAGACAACCCAGAGAGAUUUUCAGAGUGGGCACAAGUUCUGAGUGAAGAGGGUCUUUCCUCUCGGUGCUACUGGGAGGUGGAGUGGACUGGGGAUAAGACAGGUAUAGGUGUGUCUUACAAAGGAAUCAAUAGGAAAGCAAAAGGUACUGAAGGUAUCUUUGGCUACAAUAAUCAGUCCUGGAGUUUGCGCUGCUGUCACGGUAAAUACACAGCCUGGCACAACAGCGAUGCGUCCACAGAUAUCCCCCGUGUCCUCGACUCCAAAAGGGUCGGUGUGUUCUUAGACUGGUCAGUUGGCACUCUGUCCUUCUACGCUGUAUCGUCAAACACCAUGACUCAUCUGCACACUUUCCACACUAAAUUCUCUGAGCCGGUGUAUCCAGGCUUCAGACUGAGCUACACAGACUCCUUCUUUAUUCUGUGCCAGCCUGAAUACUGUUAAAUACCCCAAAAUAUUCAGUGCACAUGUUCAUAAAAUAUGAACACAGAAUAAAUGAAGGCUGGGGAAAAAGCUUAUUGUGUAAAUAUUUUUUGGAAGAUAAAGGGAUUUUAGGGGGCUUUGUGUCUAACAUGCUGUUUGUUUGUAUUAUUAUUAUCUAUAUUAAGAUUUCCUAUCAAGUUAGAGUUCUGUAGCAGAGCUCUCUCUGGUGGCAAGUCACUCAGAAAGGUCUGCUGUACUGCACUUCUAUAUAUCUGCACUUAUAUAUAUCUGCACUUAUAUAUCUGCACUUCUAUAUAUCUGCACUUCUAUAUAUCUGCACUUCUAUAUCUGCACUUCUAUAUAUCUGCACUUCUAUAUCUGCACUUCUAUAUAUCUGCACUU